AACAACUCCUCCAAGCACAAUGGCCACAAGAGCCCGUGUGUCCCCAACCUGACGGAGCGGCGGCGGAAUGAGCUGUCAGAGGAGAUCAACAACCUGCGCGACAAAGUCAUUAGACAGACAGAGCAGAACAACCAACUGCACGACCAGGUUCAGAAGCUCACCGAGGAGAACAGCACCCUGCGCGAGCAAGUGGAGAGCACCGAGGAAGAGGAGGACGACCUGGCGCUCUGUGGUGCCGCGGCCGCUGCCGCCCCACCACCCCCAGUGGAGGAGGAAUGCCUCGAAGACCUCCCGGAGAAGUUCGACGGCAACCCAGACACGCUGACGCCCUUCAUGUCACAGUGCCAGGUCUUCAUGGAGAGGAGCACCCGCGACUUCUCGGUGGACCGCGUGCGUGUGUGCUUCGUGACCAGCAUGAUGACCGGCCGCGCGGCACGCUGGGCCUCGGCCAAGCUGGAACGCGCCCACUACCUGAUGCACAACUACCCGGCCUUCAUGCUGGAGCUCAAGCACGUGUUCGAGGACCCCCAGCGGCGCGAGGCGGCCAGGCGCAAGAUCCGGCGCCUGCGCCAGGGCCUGGGCUCGGUGGUGGACUACGCCCACGCCUUCCAGAUGAUCGCACAGGACCUGGACUGGAACGAGCCGGCGCUCAUCGACCAGUUCCACGAGGGCCUGAACAGCCGCAUCCAGGAGGAGCUGGUGCACAUGGAGGCGGCCGAGUCGCUGUCGGUGCUCAUCGCGUCCACUGGUAUCCAAGGAAUGGGAGGGAAGGAGCGUCGCCGCAAGCUGAACCUGUGUCUGUACUGCGGCAACGGUGGCCACUACGCCGACAACUGUCCCGCCAAAGCCUCCAAGGCCUCGCGCGGGAAACUGCUCGGCCCCGCUGUAGAGGGACCUCCAGCGACCGGGCCAGAAGCAACAAGGUCCCCUCCAGAUGACGCCUCAUCUCCGCAUCUCCAGGUGACGUUGCACAUCCACCUCCCGGGCCGACACACGCUGUUCGUGCGUGCCAUGAUCGACUCUGGUGCGUCUGGCAACUUCAUCGACCAUGAGUAUGUGGCACAGAAUGGGAUCCCGCUGCGGGUCAAGGACUGGCCGAUACUCGUGGAGGCCAUCGAUGGCCGCCCCAUCGCAUCGGGCCCGGUGGUCCACGAGACACACGCGCUCGUCGUCGACCUGGGUGACCACCGCGAGGUGCUGUCCUUCGAUGUGACCCAGUCACCCUUCUUCCCCGUGGUGCUGGGCGUCCGCUGGCUGAGCACGCACGACCCCAACAUCACGUGGAGCACCCGCUCCAUCGUCUUCGACUCCGAGUACUGCCGCUACCACUGCCGUCCCUACACGCCCAUCCCGCGGGCGCUGCCCCCGCCGGGACCACCGCCUGCACUCUACUACCCUGUGGACGGGUACCGUGUGUACCAACCAGUGCGGUACUACUACGUGCAGAAUGUGUACACGCCGGUGGACGAACACGUUUAUCCCGACCACCGCCUGGCCGACCCGCACCUAGAGAUGAUUCCCGGGGCUCACAGCAUCCCCAGCGGGCACGUGUACUCGCUGUCCGAGCCCGAGAUGGCUGCGCUGCGUGACUUUGUGGCCAGGAACGUGAAGGACGGGCUGAUCACACCUACCAUCGCGCCCAACGGCGCUCAGGUUCUCCAAGUGAAGAGGGGGUGGAAGCUGCAGGUCUCCUACGACUGCCGGGCUCCCAACAGCUUCACCAUCCAGAACCAGUAUCCCCGGCUGUCCAUCCCAAACCUGGACGACCAAGCUCACCUGGCGACCUAUACCGAAUUCGUACCUCAAGUCCCCGGAUACCAGACGUACCCCACUUACACCACGUACCCCACCUACCCGGUGGGCUUCGCCUGGUACCCAGUGGGACGAGACGCGCAAGGAAGGUCGCUGUACGUCCCUGUCAUGAUCACCUGGAAUCCGCACUGGUACCGCCAGCCUCCGGUGCCACAGUACCCACCACCGCAGCCCCCACCCCCACCCCCACCUCCACCACCACCUCCGUCUUACAGUACCAUGUAGACAGACCCUCGUCAUGUCCUUUAGGGUCUCUACCCUCCAAACUAUUCCUGCUCAGCUUCUCAAUCAGUGAUUGUGUGUGCAAUCAGGUGACUGUCUUCAGGCCAGCUGAGGCACAUCCUCUCUGAAAUGCUACUGAAGAUCAGGGCCACCUUGGACUGGCACACACGCCUCCGAGAGCAACAGAGUAUUUGCCAACAGGUUAUCUCUCCAUCUUCCACUUGACUGCCAAUCUACCACAGCUAACAAGUUUACCUUCCAGCAAAUCCUGGAAGCCUAGGUUUUACCUGUCACCAUCCAACUGAUAGGCUGCCAAAUCUCUCGGUUAACAAUUCCAGAGAAGCUGAUGCAAACACAGGAAUGCUGAUUUAUUUAUGGAGGGGGAGACGAGAGGAGUGACAUAACUCUUCUCACAGUUUCGGUUCUCUCCUGCCAUUCCUGGAGGACCGACGCCUUAUUGAGGAAGCCAAAACUAUUGGUGCAGUGUGGACAGGCUUCCGCGACCCACUUGCUGCACCCACAGAAACUCCACCAUCUUCAAACUCCAUUUUCAUGGUUCCAUUAAUUCUCAAGGAGCAGCAAUUCGGCCGGUUCUCCCAGGAGCAGGUAAGACCCCUACAACACGAAACACCUCAGGCCUGAAAAGAAAGUGCUCUCUCAGAAGGACUCUUGCUUGUUAAGAGUGUGCCUUCACAUCCUGGUGCAGAUCACAUGUACCCAAGGACUCUGGCUUUGACACAACACCUUACCAUCACCAUGCCAGCAGUGGUUUCCACAGAGCUCUAAACCUGGUCACCAGAGACUGCUGGUGACUCCAGGGGUGUUCAGUGUUUGUGAACUGUGACCACCUCUCAAUCAUGCACGAGGGCUAAAGAGUAGCAAAUCCAAAGUUCCGUACCCAGCUUGUAAGAGAUUCUGAAUUCAUUGGUGCCAGCCUGUCCUGGUACUUCAGAAAGGAUUUCCACAAGUGUUGAUACUUGGCUGGGAGAGCACCAAUGGGAAGUGUUGGCACAUCUGUCCACGUGUCUGCCCCCAUACGCACCUGGGCAUUCCAUCUCCAGUCCCCUCAUCACACAUGACAUUAGCAUGCUUAGAAAGGGGGGAAAUGAUUUAGCACCUAGAUUCACACUCCAGUGUUUGGGAGAGGCGUCUUUGCAGGAGAGGAAUUAGGUCCUGAGGAUACAGACUUCCUGAUGGCACCCACUUCAGAAGGGUCAGAGUCCACGUGAUGGAGAGGAUCCCCGAGAUGAUGGCUCUGACAUGAAGUUGCCUGUGGGUGAAAGGCCUCAGAAAGCAACUCUCAAAGGACUCUAAGCAACAGACAGCGCAGAGAUUUUCUUUAAGCCAGGACACGUCUGGUGUCUCCUGGACACGUUGUGCUAUCCUGGGGCUGCCUGACUUCUCUAGCCUGGUCCCUUGCUACUUCCUUGAACUGUUUAUCUAACCCCUCUCUUUCUGUUUAAUUCUUUACCACUGCCAUGGACACUGCUGCAGGAUUUGUGCCUGGUUACAGAGACUCCAUCUUGCGGCCACGCAUGGAGACCACAGGGCACUUUAAUUGCCAAAACCUAGUUUGAGCAGGAGAAGCAACACUGUGUAUAUUUCCCAUUGUCAUGCAGAGGAGGCCACUGGUGAAGUUUCACUUCUCAUCAGCAUCAUCUCUCACAUGAACUACUAUCACCCACCCUACUCUUGCAUGUUUAAAUACUUAAACCUUUAGCUGUAGUGGUGUCCUUGAACAGUGUUUUGAAGUGAUAAUGCCUUCAAAACUUUCCAUUGAACUACAAAGUACUAUCCAAUUCUUAUUGUUAAACUAAAGUGAAAAUGGUCCAUGAUGUAUGACGUGUCUUCACUGGGAACUCUCAUAGCACUGAGUGAGAGACUCCUCAGAACUGUGUGUAUAUGAGAGUGUAUGUGUGUAUCAGUUUAUCCUGUUCAUCCUCCAUCCUCAAUUUUAACCUCAUGUGUAAGUUUGCUUCUAUUAAUUGGACCUUUAAAAAUCACACGCAAGGAUACACAGUUUCAAAGAAGAACCCUGGCUGACUAUUUAUGGACUCAGAAAGCGUGUCAAUCCCUUGUGUGCUCCAGAGCCGUGACUUUUACAAUGGUGCGUGUGUGCUCUGGACUCAUUUGAAAUGUCACUUCCGUUUACCUCAAAUACCAACUCAUCCUCUAUAUGUUGGAAUUCCAGUUCUGUGUCAGACUCACAGUUGUCAGUUGAUCUUCAAGCUGCAGAAGCCUAGAAAUGGGCAGUAGUCUGCGGCCCCGGCACGUGCACACGGACAUUUGCCACUACCGCAAGCAGGCAUCUGAGAAGCUGGCCAAUGGCAAGGAAGGUUGGGGGGAGACUGAUAUGGGUCACCCCACUCACAAGGGCCCUGACUCGUCCAGGGCUGUGAUGGAGCUUGCGGUGAACUUUUGGGCAGUGUGCACCAUGCUCCAUUGCUAUUUAUGCUAUCUAUAAACGUAGUUGUUAAGGAUAAGUAAUUUUAAAUUUAUUAUCUAUAGAAUUGACAUUUGGCUAAGUUUCCUUUCACUCCAUUGAUUUGUUGCUGUUCAUCAAAUUUGUGUUAAUUUCAGCCUUUUUUUUUUGGCAUUUUCCAAUAAAAAUGCCUUUAUUCAUAAGGAAGGAAAAAGCAAAGGAAUUUAAUAUCCAAGGAAGUUAGAAAGGGAGCAAAAUAAAAACAUAAAGCAGAAAGAUAACUCAAAACAUUAGAACUAGUAACAAAGCCAGUAGUUGAGUCUUUUAAACAAACUGGCAAAAUUAAUUAAUUGACUUUUGGCCCAAAUUCACAUUGUUAAUUAAUUAAAUCAAGGAAGAAGUUCUCAGCGCUCCCAUUGUUAGGCAAACUUGGAGAGAACUGGCUAAUCAUCAUGCUAGGAUACUGAAACAGGAAGUAAGUUUACAUACAUUUACGAAGGGUCAAUUUGGUUUGAACAAUGAGGUAUUUGCCACCAAUACUAGAAAAAAGAGAGUUGGUUUCGUCGAAUGCUGUGAAGCUGUGUGGUGAACUUGCAGGUGAACAGUGAGGGUGGCACACCCACGAGGGCAGUCUGGAGAGGUCUCUACUUGCAGGUACCUCUUGGUCUUCUGAAUUGACACGUUGUCACCCACCACAGACAUCUGACAGCAGAUGCGGUUCCAUGGCUGGCAGCAGAGAGCAGCCUGCUGAAAGGAGGUGCCGGUGGGAGUCAUCUGAAGGAGACCUGGCAAGGGGACUGGGCGCUCUUUGUUGUUUCAGAUUGUAGAAUGCUAUUGACUGGGUCUGUGGACACUUGCAUUGUUUUUAUUUCUUUCUGUAAUCAGUUUAAGUAGUAGGGGAUCUAUAUAAUAAGUAUCUUAGGGUGGGAGGGCCUAUUAGGUAAUCUUAAGUGGGUGGGGUUAUUUAGAACAUUAUAUUCAUAUUAUCUCUCUUUGUGGACAUGUGUACUUACUUGUGACCCUAUACCCUGUAAUUGCUACCCUUAAAGAUUCCAAAUAAACUCGGAGGGAGCUGCGGGGAGGUCAGCCUAUUUAGAGUGAAUUGCACAUGGAUAAAACCCUGGCAGAGAAAGCUUCAAGGUGAUGAGAUUGAUUUAAUAGAAGCCCUAAAUAGACAGGAGCCCUCUGAGAAAUUGAUCUGGAGUGAAAUUGUUAAUGGUGAAUAUUCAUGGAAGCUAUAGGAACAUGAUGGAUAAACGCUUGCUCUCACCUCCUCCUUACCUCUGCCUCCUUUCCCCACCCCACCUCUCCUUCAAACUAUAUUGCUGUAUUCUCUUUACUCUGUAUUUCUCUCUAUUUACUAGUAUUGUAUUGAUGUUAUAAUAAAAAUUCAAUAAAGUUUUAGUGGUUAAGUGCAAAAAA